AUGCUCAUCAAAGAGUUCCGUGUAGUGCUACCCCUAACAGUUGAAGAGUAUCAAAUUGCUCAGCUGUACUCUGUAGCCGAAGCCAGUAAAAACGAAACUGGCGGUGGAGAAGGUAUUGAAGUAUUGAAAAAUGAACCAUUUACCAAUUAUCCCCUUUUGGGUGGAAAAUAUUCAGAAGGGCAGUAUACUUAUAAAAUUUAUCACUUGGCCAGCAAAGUACCUGGAAUGAUAAAACUUUUGGCACCUAAAGGAGCUUUAGAAGUUCACGAAGAAGCAUGGAAUGCUUACCCUUACUGCCGAACCGUGAUUACAAACCCCAACUAUAUGAAAGAAAAAUUUAUGAUAACUAUAGAAUCAUUUCACUAUGCUGAUCGAGGAACCCAAAAUAAUGUUCAUGAAUUAUCUCCUGAAAAACUAAAACAGAGAGAGGUACAAAUCAUUGAUAUUGGUAAUGAUUGUAUUUCAUCUUCAGAUUAUAAAGAAGAUGAAGAUCCUAAAAAAUUUAAAAGUCAAAAAUGUGGACGAGGUCCUCUCCAAGGAAAUUGGAUUGAAACAGCAAGCCCAGUUAUGACUUGCUAUAAAUUGGUAUCUGCAGACUUCAAAUGGUUUGGACUGCAGAACCGAGUAGAAAACUUAAUUCAAAAAUCAGAACGUCGUCUGUUCACAAACUUCCAUAGACAAGUAUUUUGUUGGAUGGAUCGCUGGCAUGGGCUAACGCUGCAAGAUAUUCGUGAAAUUGAAGAAAAAACUCGAGAAGUAUUAGACAGGCAACGCAAUGAAGGAACUGUUAGGGGAAUGAAAGCAGAUGCCGAUUAA